AUUGACAUCAGUUACAACACAUUCACGCAGUGAGUUUAUUACUAUAAACUCUAUAAAUAAUAGUAAAAUCGAUCCAAAUUCCAAAACCAAAUAACCCCUUUACUCAUUCUUCCCGCCACCUCCACCAUCAUCACUCAACAAUGGAACUUCCAGUGAUAGAUCUCUCUUCCUAUCUCUCCGUUUCUACCGACCUAGAUCCACAACUCAGAUCUCUAUGCGGCGACGUAAGCCGCUGUCUAAGAGAAACAGGAGCACUCCUCGUGAAAGACCCGCGAUGCACCGUCGAAGACAACGAUCGUUUCAUUGAUAUGAUGGAAAAGUACUUCUCAGCUCCACACGACUUUAAAGUUCUUCAUGAAAGACCUCAAUUGCAUUAUCAGGUUGGAGUUACGCCGGAGAAAGUGGAAGUUCCGAGAAGUUUAGUUGAUGAAGAAAUGAAAGAGAAAGUGAAAGAAAUGUCUCAAGAAAAUCGACCUCAUACACCUGUUGGUGCUGAUCUUAAAUGGAGAUAUUUUUGGAGAAUCGGUCCUCGUCCCUCAAUCACACGUUUUCAGGAACUCAAUGCGGAGCCAGUAAUUCCUGAAGGUUUUCCAGAAUGGAAAGAAACCAUGGAUUCCUGGGGAUAUAAAAUGAUAGCAGCAAUUGAAGUGGUUGCUGAAAUGGCAGCUAUUGGGUUUGGUCUUCCAAAGGAUGCAUUCACAUCUCUUAUGAAGCUGGGUCCGCAUCUAUUAGCUCCAACGGGAAGUGACCUUGAAAAAUAUAAUCAAGAAGGAACCAUUUUUGCUGGAUAUCACUAUGACCUUAACUUCUUAACAAUUCAUGGUAGAAGUAGAUUUCCUGGAUUGAAUAUCUGGUUAAAAAAUGGACAAAAAGUUCAAGUGAAGGUUCCAGUAGGGUGUCUUCUUAUCCAGACAGGAAAGCAGAUAGAGUGGUUAACUGGAGGGGACUGCAUAGCAGGCAUGCAUGAAGUAGUUGCUACAAACAAGACAAUCGAUGCAAUCAAUGCAGCUAAAGAGCAAAAACGUAGCUUAUGGAGAGUAUCUUCAACGUUGUUUGCACAUAUAGCAUCGGAUGCAGUUCUAAAGCCCUUGGGACAAUUUGCCGAAUCGCCACAGGCAAGCAAAUACCCACCUAUAUCUGCAGGGGAAUAUGUUGAACAAGAGCUUGCUGUAAUCAAUCUCAAAGGAAAGAAAUGAAAACUUCCAUGCUUAACAAAUUUAAUAAAACGUUCUUAUGUUCUUAUUUCAUUGGAUCACACAACUUUUCUAGCUAUUUGGGUAAAAAAAUCAUUGGGGCAAGAAACUGAAAAUUGUGGUUUCAUGUUUGUUCCAAGAAAAGGGAGCAAUUUGAGCUUCCAACUAAGUACCAAAUUAUGUCAAUACAUAUCAAAUUUCUUCUUACUGAUACAGCAUUUUACUCUUAA